GGGGCAAAUGUCAGAGUGAAGCGGAGUGGAACAGAGCGUAGCGAAGUGUAACCCUAAUUUGAUACAUAGUGAAAAUCCUUUUUUCCCUGUUCGCGUGGACGUAGGCAAUUAGCUGAACCACGCUAAAUUUGCGUGUUCUUCUUUCUCGUUUUUCAAUUUUUCGCCAUUAAUCGUUGCACGGAUUCCAACAGGUAUCUAGACGGCAAAUCAUCAGCCAUCAGGCAUCAUCCACUGGUCUUCCACUCUCCUUGCUUUCUUUCCUUUUUCCCCACCGUUUUUAUUUUUCAAGCAUACUCUACGCAUAUAACAAAGCAUCAUCUGUGGAUAGUUAGCAUCCGAAACUCAUCCCUCCAUAAACAGUCUCGAUUUCCGUCCAACAUUUGAAUUUCUCUUUAAUACGUUGGUUUUGGCCAAAUAAUGGAAGCGGUUUCUCUUGUAAGGCUUACUUCUUCCAUAGCGAGGUUAAUACCGCUGCUUGUCAAAGGGAUCUUAUGGUUACGUGCCUUCAAGGAUGACUUGGAAAAACUUUUAAGAACCUCAAGGAUAAUCCAAGAUAUCCUUACAAACAUGGAUGAAGAGCAAUUGGACCUGGAUGUGAUGCAAAACUGGAUUAAAGAUCUUAAAGAUGCAGCUUACGAUGCAGAGGACUUGGUGGACAGACUGGCAACCGAAGCUUAUCCGAGGCAGCACCAGGUAUCACUUCCCCGAGGUAUGGAUUUCCGCAAAAUAAGCAGCCAAUUUAACACAAAGAAACUCAACGAAAGGUUUGACCAUAUUAGAAAAAAUGCAAAGUUCAUACGAUGUGUUGUUCCAACUGAGGGUGGCCGGACUUCCAUACCCGUCCCACAGGAAAUGUCUACUGAUAUGACUACUAUUGUUGGUAGGGAAGCCGAUACGAAGAAAAUAGUAGACAUGUUGCUAGAUAGAAAAUACGACACAGAAUUUGGCAUUCCAGUCAUUCGCAUAGUUGGGAUGACGGGUAAGGGAAAAACAGCUGUUGCUCAACUGGUCUACCUUCACGCUAGGGUAGUGAAACGUUUUAAGGAAAAUAGAAUAUGGGUUUGUGUCACCGUGAAUUUUGACCUCUCUAGGAUUCUUAGAGAUAUCAUGAUGAGGUCUAAUCCUAACAUAAACCAUACAAAUUCAUCCCUCAACCAGUUAUGUGAGGAUUUUCAAAAAUUUGUACGUGGAAAAUGUUUUUUACUCGUUCUAGAUGAUGUCUGGACUGAUAAUGAUGAGGAAUGGAAGAGGCUUCUAUAUCUCCUACGGGAAGGGGCAAAGCAGAGUAGAGUUCUGGCCACCAGUCAAAAGACUGAAGUUUGCCAUGUUCAGUACAUGCAAAUUACUCACAACUUGAACUUUUUGUCGUACGACGACUGCUGGUCUUUGUUUCAACGAACUGCAUUUGGACAAGACGAUUGUCCAUCCCAACUAGUCGAAUCUGGAACCAGAAUCGUCCGCAAGUGUCAGAAUUUGCCUUUGGCAGUAAAGGCAAUGGCAAGCUUUCUGGGCCGCAAUCUUGAUCCAAAAAAAUGGCGAAGAAUCUCAGAACUUGACAUAUGGGAAGCUGAGAAGGGGGAGUCCAAAUCUACCAGCCCCAGCAUUUUCCCUGCGAUGAAAGUGAGUUAUAAUCAUCUCCCUUCUCAUUUAAAGCCACUGUUUUGCUACUGUUCCAUAUUUCCCAAGGGGUAUUCAUUCGAUAAGAAGGAAUUGGUUCAAUUAUGGAUAGCGGAAGAUUUAAUCCAGUUCCAAGGACAAAAAAGGAUAGAGGAGAUUGCAGGUGAAUAUUUCAAUGAGUUGCUAACCAGGUCCUUCUUUCAAAGUCCAGACGUAGACAGGAAAAGGUAUUGGAUGCACGAUCUCUUCCAUAAUCUGGCACAAUCAAUUUCUGGUCCCUAUUAUUGCCUAGUGAAGGAGGAUAACACGCAAUAUGAUUUCUCUGAACAAACUCAUCAUGUGUCAUUGAUGUGUAGAAAUGUGGAGAAACCUGUCCUGGAUGUGAUUGAUAAAUCAAAGAAAGUGCGCACACUUCUACUCCCCAGCAAUUAUUUGACAGAUUUUGGCCAAGCUCUAGAUAAAAGGUUUGGCAGAAUGAAAUACAUCCGUGUGUUGGAUCUGAGUUCAAGUACAAUCCUUGCUGUGCCAAAUUCAAUCCAAGAGUUGAAGCUGUUGCGCUAUCUCAACCUCUCCAAAACUGAAAUCAGAAGUCUCCCCGCCUUCCUCUGCAAACUCCAUAAUCUGCAAACCCUACUACUGUUAGGGUGUGUUUUUCUUUCAAAAUUGCCCAAGAACAUUGCCAAGCUAAUAAACUUGAGACAUCUUGAACUAGAUGAAGUGUUCUGGCACAAAACCACAAAGUUGCCACCAAGAAUUGGGAGCUUAACCAGUCUGCAGAACUUGCAUGCAUUUCCAGUUAGGUGCGGCGAUGGAUAUGGGAUUAAAGAACUGAAGGGCAUGGCAAAGCUUACGGGAUCAUUGCGUAUUUCAAACCUUGAGAAUGCAGUGAAAGCAGGUGAGGCAAAAUUGAAUGAAAAAGAAAGCCUUGAUAAACUUGUGUUGGAAUGGAGCAGCCGAAUUGCUCCCCCACUAGAUGAAGCAGCAGAAGUGAAGGUGCUUGAAGAUUUACGGCCUCACUCAGACCUCAAAGAGCUCCACAUUUCUAAUUUUUGGGGUACCACAUUUCCACUUUGGAUGACAGACGGGCAGCUCCAAAAUCUGGUAACUGUUUCCUUGAAAUAUUGUGAAAGAUGUAAAGCCCUUUCACUCGGUGCGCUACCCCACCUUCAAAAACUCAACAUUAAAGGGAUGCAGGAGUUGCAGGAACUAAAGCAAUCAGGGGAGUACCCGUCCCUGGCUUCCUUAAAGAUCAGUAAUUGCCCCAAGUUGACAAAGUUGCCAUCCCACUUUCGUAAGCUAGAAGAUGUGAAGAUCAAAGGUUGCAACUCUCUCAAGGUCCUUGCCGUAACCCCAUUUCUGAAAGUCCUAGUACUUGUCGACAAUAUUGUUCUGGAAGAUUUGAAUGAAGCGAAUUGUUCCUUCUCUAGUCUCUUGGAAUUGAAGAUUUAUGGUUGCCCAAAGCUGGAGACCUUACCACAAACAUUCACACCAAAGAAGGUAGAGAUUGGUGGCUGCAAGUUACUGAGAGCUCUCCCAGCCCCAGAGUCCUGCCAACAACUUCAGCACUUACUUCUGGACGAAUGUGAGGAUGGAACACUAGUGGGCACAAUCCCAAAGACCAGUUCUCUAAACUCUUUGGUCAUUUCAAACAUCUCAAAAGCAGUCUCUUUCCCAAAGUGGCCUCAUCUUCCUGGUCUCAAGGCUUUGCACAUCCUUCAUUGCAAAGAUCUAGUUUAUUUUUCCCAAGAAGCAUCACCAUUCCCAAGUUUGACCUCCCUUAAAUUUCUGUCCAUCCGAUGGUGCUCCCAACUUGUAACAUUGCCUGAUAAAGGGCUCCCCAAAUCCCUAGAAUGUUUGAGUCUUGCUUCCUGCCACAAUCUCCAGUCCCUUGGUCCUGAUGAUGCGUUGAAGAGCCUCACCUCCCUCAAGGAUCUUUACAUCAAGGACUGCCCCAAACUCUCCUCAUUACCGGAGGAGGGUGUUUCUAUUUCCCUUCAACAUUUGGUAAUUCAAGGAUGUCCCAUACUAGUGGAGCGCUGCACAGAGGAUGAUGGAGGAGGACCAGAUUGGGGAAAGAUCAAGGACAUAACUGACCGAGAGAUUGGUUCCACUGAAGUAUCGUCAUCCCUCGAUUUGUCAAACCAAAUUCAAGAUCACCCAAAAGCAUCUUCAACUCGUUGGCAUCAUCCUUUUGUGAAGUACUGGAAAGGAGGAACUUCUAAAGGCAAGGAACAUGCAGAACCAUCAAAUUUAGCUGAAGAACAUCGAGGAACUUCAAAGGGGAAGGAACCCGAGACACCAUCAAUUUUAGUACAACACGCAAGAACUUCAAUGGGGAAGGAACCUGAGACACCAUCAAUUUUAGUACAACAAGGAGGAACAUCAAAGGGGAAGGAACCCGAGACACCAUCAAUUUUAGUACAACACGGAGGAACUUCAAAGGGGAAGGAACCCAAGACACCAUCAAUUUUAGUACAACACGGGCAAACUUUAAAUGAGGAGCUAGAAAAAGCAUCAAUUUUAGUAAAAAAUGGAGGAACUUCAAAAGAGAAGGAGCUAGAGGAACCAUCAAUUUUAGUACACAAGAGAGAACAUUCAAAGGGGAAGCAGAAAGGAAAACCAAGAGAAAUAUCAAACAAGAAAGAGGAAGAAAAACCACCAAUUUUGGUACAACAUGGAACUUCAAAGGGGAAGGAGACAAAGAAGCCAUCAAAUUUAGUACAACAGAGAAGAACUUCAAAGGGGAAGGAACAAGAGACCCCAUCAAUGUUAUUACAACAAAGAGGAACUUCAAAGGGGGAGAAAAUAAAGAAACAAUCAAUUUCAGUACAACAUGGGGGAACUUCAGAAGGAAAGAAGCUAGAAAAACCAUCAAUUUUAGUACAUCAGAGAGGAACUUCAAAGGGGAAGGAGCCAGACAAACCAUCAAAUUUAGUACAACAUAGAGGAACUUCAAAGGGGAAGCAGCCAGAGGAACCAUCAUUUUUAGUACAUCAGAGAGGAACUUCAAAGAGGAAGGAGCUAGGCAAACCAUCAAUUUUAGUACAACAUAGAGGAACUUCAAAGGGGAAGCAGCCAGAGGAACCAUCAUUUUUAGUACAUCAGAGAGGAACUUCAAAGAGGAAGGAGCUAGGCAAACCAUCAAUUUUAGUACAACAUAGAGGAACUUCAAAGGGGAAGCAGCCAAAGGAACCAUCAUUUUUAGUACAUCAAAGAGGAACCUUAAAGGAGAAAGAGCUAGAGAAACCAACAAUUUUAGUUCAACAUAGAAGAACUUUAGAGGAAAAGGAGCCAGAAAAACCAUCGGUAUAACAUGGGUACUGAAGUUGGAUGAAGAUUCAAGGACAAGGGUUGCAUGAUGCUUGAAAAUAGUGAAUAAAAAACAAGUGGUUAGAUAUGUAGGUACUAUUUGGACAACAUUGAGUGUGGAGCAUUUCUUUUUCCUCCUCAUCAAGUGUGUGUUAUUUUCAUUUGAAGACCUCAAGACCCAUGACUUUCUAUGGCCUUGGAAUACAUUUUAGUUCAAGGUAUAUACAGGGUUUGGUAUUUGGUGAUAAUUAUAUUAUUAGAUGUAUUUAAUUAAGACUUAA